ACGACAGGCUCAGCUGAACGAGGAGCGCGCCUUUGAAGAUGUUUUAUUGUCAAGCCACAAUUUCUGAUUGAGUGACAAGCCGGCUGUUUAAUCGCCACCAUGAUAGCCACAGGUGGCCUGCUGCGCAUGAACAGGCGCCAGGAUUCACUCCGAUCUAAAAAUCGAGCAGAAAACAAACGGAAGCGGAAAUCCAAGAAAAAAAAGAAGAAUGAUGUAGUUGUGGUGAAGGGAAAGCUAAAUUUCUGCUCAGCAGCUGGUUUGGUGGCCGCCGUUGGAGUCGUAGUUCUCAUGGUUGGGGUUUCCAUGGCUGUACUGGGCUACUGGCCCAGCCAGAAUCAGCAGGAGUACCAGGAGCGCCGCAGAACUGGAGCAUACCACGCCAACAGGAUGAGCUACUCCAAAAGUUCUCCUGUUUCCUCUAACUUGACCCAUGAUAAGCCUCCCUCUGGCCAGACAAAUUUUGUCAACCAGAGCCAUUCUAACAGUAGUGUCCAGAACCCUUCCCCUCGCUGUGGCUUACUUUGUGACUUCCUGGAUAACUAUCUAUACUCAGACAAUCUGAAAGUCUUUGGACCACUGGUGAUGGGAAUCGGCAUUUUCCUCUUCAUCUGUGCCAAUGCAGUCCUCCAUGAAAACCGAGACAAGAAAACUAAAAUCAUUAACCUGAGAGACAUCUACUCCACAGUGAUAGAUCUGCACAGCAUACGGUCUAAAGAGUACACCCCUCUAAACGGCAUGGUGAACUAUACACAGUCGAGGAGUGCAGAGGGCCCGUCGGGUUCAUUCCCUGCGAGUGGGAUGCUUACUCGCAGUUCCUGGCCCUCCACUGGACUUGGUUUCCAGGUUGAAUUAGAGGGCGAUGAGGUGUUCAGACGUUCCUCAUUGGCCAGUAGGCCACGUAGCUGGUCCAGAGAUGUCCAGACCUUCACUGACACUGUCUACAGCAUCUACAAAGACUACAGCAAUAGCAGUGAGCAUGCUCCACAGCCUCGACAGUGGGAGACCACCUCCAUCGUCACAUCCUCUGUAAACGCUUUCACCCUCCCUGUGAUCAAACUGAACAACUGUGAGGUGGAGGAGUCUGAAAGAGCACAGGCACAGGGGCGCUCAGAGGAAGAGGUUGUUAUUGAGGCUGCUGCUGAACACAUUAGUGAGGAAGGACAGACCAGCAGGAGCCAGACUGACGACAUGGACUGCAAGCAGGAGGAGGCCUUGAUGAUUGAUUCCUCCCCGCCCCAUCAGAGCCAUGAGGAGAUAUCCACAGAUACAGCUAACCAACAGGGGGCACUGCAGGCUCAGCCUCAACAGCAGUGGACCCAGCUAUUUCCUCCAUUGCCUGUUGCCACGGUGAUGGGGUCACAGCUGUCGCUCAACUCCCUCACGGAUCAGCCCAGGUCUGCACGCCGCUGCAGCCUGUCUCUGUCUGCGUGUCGUCAAGGUGACAGAGCCAGGCGCUUCAGCUGCCCCCGUCUAGAGCGCUCCAACAGCAAGGGCUACAUCAAACUGACUGACCUGGGGGGCGAGUCCUUCGAAGCCCCCGACACAGACCCUUCUUUAUUGGCCACCGAACAGGGAGUAGCAACGGACACAGCAGCAACUGCAGCAACAGCAGCAGUGGAGGGAGACGCUCAGGGAGAAGAUGAUCUGGUGACACCCAGCACCUCUGCAGAAUCCUAG